CUUUGACCUUUCGUCUUCGCCGCUUCUUCCUCUUCUUUCUGCACAUCAUCGCUCUGUGAUCUCGUCGCACAGCAGGUCCCGACAAAAAAAAACCUGCAACUUCAUAGCGGAGCUUGCAAGAUGCCGAAAAGGGGAGAGUUUGCCCCUCUAAAUACAUGGUCCUACGAUGCUUUCAUCUGGAUCUUUUCUGUGCUGGUGGACCUCUUCUUUCGAGAGGUCCACCCAAGAGGGGCAUGGAAAAUCCCUCGCAAAGGACCCGUCAUGUUUGUCGCAGCACCGCAUGCGAACCAGUUUGUCGAUCCACUGAUUCUGAUGCGCGUCAUUCGAAUGGAGGCGCGACGCCGAAUUUCGUUCCUCACCGCAGAGAAAUCAAUGAAGCGGAAAUUCAUCGGUAUGCUGUCGCGCAUGGCAGGUGCUGUGCCAGUGGCUCGAGCCAUGGACGCCACCAAGCCAGCUACCGGUGUCAUCUAUCUGCCUGAUCCGGUCAACGAUCCGACGCUCGUGCGAGGUAUCGGCACCAAGUUUGAUGGACCCGAGAUUCAGCUGGGCGGCUUGCUGGUCUUGCCCAGCGUGAAUGGCAAGUCGGCCAAUGCUGAGGUUGCAGAGGUCAUCAGCGCAGAGGAACUACGUCUGAAGAAGCCAUAUCGAGGUGCGGUGGCAUACAAGCAGUUGACCGGCCGCGAAGAUUUUGACGACAGUGGAAAGCCAUUGGACGGAGUCGACAACCUGAAGAAUGUCCUCGCCGACGGAUUUGAGGGGACAAAAUUCAAGACCGCUCCCAAGGUCGACCAGACGCAGGUUUACAAUGCCGUGUUUGACCGGCUUAUUGAAGGUGGCUGUGUGGGCAUCUUUCCCGAAGGUGGUAGCCAUGACAGGACUGAACUCUUGCCUUUGAAGGCUGGCGUUGCGAUCAUGGCACUGGGAGCGCUCGCAGCGGACCCUGAAUGCGGCCUCAAGAUCAUCCCCUGCGGCAUGAACUACUUUCACGCGCACAAGUUCCGCUCGCGGGCCGUCAUUGAAUUUGGAUACCCCAUCGAUGUGCCGAUGGAGCUGGUCGACAUGUACAAGAAGGGCGAACGAAGAGAAGCUAUUGGACAGCUGCUCGAGAUUAUCUAUCAGGCACUUGUAUCCGUCACCGUAACCAGUCCUGACUUUGAGACUCUUCUGUUCAUCCAAGCUGCACGACGCCUUUACAACCCGACCGGCAAGAAACUCCCUCUGCCAAUGGUCGUCGAGCUCAACCGGCGCCUGGUCAAAGGCUAUACGCAAUACAAAGACGACCCGCGCAUUGUCCAUUUGAAGAACGAAGUCAGUUCAUACAACAAACAACUUCGACUGCUCGGCAUCCGCGACUACCAAGUCGAAUACGCCAAAUUCUCCAUUCCCAAAGUCCUCUUCACCCUCCUCUACCGCAUCAUCAAGCUCUCCCUUCUCACCAUAGGGACGUUACCCGGCCUUGUCCUCUUCGCGCCCGUCUUCAUCGCCACAAAGAUCAUCUCUCGCAAGAAGUCAAAAGAAGCCUUGGCCGCAUCCACCGUCAAGAUCCAAGGCCGCGACGUCAUGGCCACCUGGAAGCUCCUCGUCGCCCUCGCCUUUGCCCCGCUGCUCUACAACUUCUACGCCGUCCUGCUCACAUGGUGGACCUACCACGACCGCGUGGCGGGCUAUGCCCCGAACUGGGUCUCUCUCUGGAUGGUGCCUAUUCUCGGAUGGAUCAUCUUCCCGUCCAUCUCAUUCGCCGCCUUCCGCAUCGGCGAGACGGGCAUGGACAUUCUCAAAUCCCUGCGCCCGCUCAUCCUCGCCCUCAAUCCUUCGUCCGCAAACACCUUUGUCAAGCUGCGCGAACGCCGCGCCAAGCUCUCCAAGGAAGUCAUCGAGGUCAUCAACACCCUCGGCCCAGAAAUGUACCCGGACUUUGACGCCUCCCGCAUCGUCUCCGACCCGUUCCGCGAAGGCGCCCUCCCGCCCGCAUUCACCUCCCGCCACGCCUCCCGCGCAAACAGCUUCCAAUAUGCUUCCGAAUCAAGCAAGACGCCCGGCGUCGGCAUUGGCGGCGGCUCCUCGGCCGCCGGCGACCUGCCCCGCAACGACUCCUUUUGGAAUAUCGGCAGUUUCGGAUUCUUCACGAGCCGUCCCACCACCCCGAGCCGCAGCCGCAGUCGCAGCCGCAGUAACUCCUCCUCGGGCGGAGGAGGCGGGUUCUCCAUGCAGGCCUUCAGCAAGCUCGAUUCAAAGGAGGGCUUUGAUGAAGUCUCGCAGAAGAUUCGCGGCGCUAUGCGCGAGCGCCGGAGGAGAAAGAGCGAGUCCGAGUGGGAACUGGCGUCGAAUGAUGGCAGCGAGGAGGGCAGAAAGGAGAUAUAAGUGGACCCAUUGUCUUGCCUCCUCUGCCCUCACCUCUUCUUACCUCUUCUCUCACCUCCUUCUUGCGUCGGUUUAUUUUCUCUUCUCACCUACAACCUUUUGUUUUUCUUUUCUUUUUUCUUUUUUUUUUUUUUUUUUUA